CUUGCACCGGCAAAUCCACAGCCAAUCGCCCGCCACAUAAAGCCGCUCAGACCAACUCCCACCAGCUCCCCGUCUCCGAAAUGGCCCAUCAACCCACACCAACACCAGAGAUCACGACCCCCUUCGACUUCCUCGGCGACUCGCCCCUCCUCAAAGUAUCCGCUCUCCUCUUACUCCUUUGGGGGUUCUCCAUUGUCAUUAGAGGGAGGAACCAGCACGUUCCGGCCCCUGAAAAGCCAAGUACUGCGAAGAGGUAUGGAAAAUUGCUGGGAAGAUGGCGACGUGGCGGGGUUCUACAUGUAGGACAUAAACCCCUCAGACAAGCCCGUGCGUACUCACCCUCACACCCCCACCAGCUCAACCGCACCGCGCACAUCACCCAGCACCAAAAUGACAUUCACACCACCCGGCCAAAAUUCCACCCGCGGGAACCUCGGCCCAGAAGGCACCGAGUCAUUCACACCCGCCCAGCUCGCGCAAUUCGACGGGAAGGACGAGUCCAAGCCUGUUUAUAUCGCUAUCAGGGGCGUUGUGUUCGACUGCACAACCGGCCGCUCCAUGUACGGCCCCGGCGGCAGCUACGGCAUCUUCGCGGGCAAAGACGCCUCGCGCGCCCUCGCCAAAUCGAGCCUGAAGGCCGAGGACGUCGUCGCGGAUAUCCAGGGGUUGACGGAGAAGGAGGUUGAGACGCUGGAGCAGUGGGAGACAUUUUAUAGGAAGAAGUAUCCGGUUGUGGGGAGGUUGGUGCAGUAGGAGAGGAUGCUAAUGGAACGAGUGAGGGGAUGGAGGGAAUGGCAGGUGUAAAUAGGGGUUCUUGUAGGGCAUGUAGCACAUAUGCAGGUUUGAUCUUCGUAAUUGGGGAAUUUCUCACAACAACCGUCACUGCUUCUUAAUGCGAUGUGCGCUGCAUCAGUGAAAUGGAUUUUGCUUGGCUGUAUAUAUAGUAUGGCGGAGUAACCGCACACUUAAUGUGCUAAUGUUGAGGGGUGAGAACGCUAGUCAAAA